GCAAAACCACCAGUCUCUCAAGUCAACUCCAAGACUAUGACGCUUUGUAGGGCGUAUGCAGCGUCGCAUUGCAACCUCUUCGUCGGCGAACUCUCCCCAACCAGGUAAAACAUACGCGCUGCCAAGAUGUAGAAAAGGUCGUUCCGGUGGAGGCAACUUGCCUUAUGAAUACCUAGAUGCGUCGAGCACUUAAACAUGGCUCUACCAGCCCAGUUGCACUCGCAAAAGUCACGCCCAUUCUGAAUCGACGUGGAAACUAUUCCUGCGUCAGUCUACCCAAACCGCAAAGCGUCGCAGUCCCGAGACAUCACGUCUUCCGUUGCCCGCCAUGAAAGCCACCGCCUUCACCGCCAGCCUCCUGGCGACCACGGCCCUCUGCACGCCGCUGCGCAUCAUCUCCUACAACAUCCGCCAGGCCGUCGUGAUCCCCACCAUCGGCGAGCGCCCAUGGGCCGACCGCCGCCCGCUGCUAACCACGCAGCUCAGCUACGAGACGUCCAACCGCCCCGAGUCGCUCCUCUGCAUGCAAGAGGUCCUCCGGCAGCAGCUGGUCGACGUUGUGGGGGGCACCGAGGGCACCUGGGCGCACGUCGGCGUGGGACGCGACGACGGUGGAGACGGCGGCGAAUUCUCUCCGAUCCUGUACCGGCCCGACACGUGGGAGCUGGACGCGAACCGCACCUACUGGCUCAGCGAGACGCCCGACGUACCGGGCUCCAAGGGCUGGGACGCCGCGUACCCGCGGGUCGUGACGGCGGCGAGGCUAAGGCACCGGCAGACGGGCGGCAGGGUCGUGCUGCUCUGCACGCACUUUGACCACAUGGGCCAGGUCGCACGCGAGCGGAGCGCUGACAUGAUCGUGGACCUGGCUGGCGAGUGGGAGAGCGACGACGGCGGCGCGUCCAAGUCGCCCGUCUUCUUCGCCGGCGACCUCAACUCGGACGACCAGAACCAGGCGUACAAGACUUUGGCGACGGCGAUGAGGGACUCACGGGAUCUCGUGCCCGAGCAGAGGUUGCACGGCAACACCAACACGUACACUGCAUUCACGGCGCUGCUGACUUGGGACGACAAGCGUCUCGAUCACGUGUUUGUCAAGGACCCCUCCGUUGGGGGAUUGCGGUUCGACGGGUACUCGGUCUUGUCGAACCGCUUUGACGACGGGAUAUUUAUCUCGGAUCAUCGGCCUGUGGUUUUGGACGUUGAUCUGGGGGUCUAGAUCUACAGAACCCUAUCAUUAGCCUUGAGAGUGGAAAAACAUGUGCCUUAUCAAGCCAAAUCCUGCCAGGCUAAAAAGCUAAGGAUUCAGAUUUUAGGCUGUUUUCUGUCCAAACAAGUUAAUCCCACGUAUAAAGUGAUCAGAGUUUUCCGAGUCAAACGGCAUGUGGAAAGGGCACCACUGAAAAGUCUUGUGGGGCACCGCCAUCACAGUGGCGUAAUUUUGAUCUUAUUUUUUCUCAAACCAACAGUCAACCGUUUUCGUAGCUUGACCCCAGAAAUCAAGCUGGAGCUACUGCCCAACAAAGCUACCGGACAUUCUCGGAUGACGCGGCCAGCAAUAAAACAAAAAAAAAGUAUGGAGAAAAACACAAAAAAGUAAUACCGAAAAUCUGGAUCGGGGCGAAGCCAAGUCUACUCUAGUCUCGUAGAAAGUAUUACUUCGCCGCA